AUGUCGGAGCAAACGCAGGAGUUCUACGCCGAAGUAUUUCACAAGACUCAGGAGCUUGCUCGUAGAUGUUAUGAGAGGAUUCGUGAUAAGAAUAAAAGGCUUCGUUUGGAACUGAAGUGCAAGAUAUUUGAUCUUGACUUAGCAUCCAAGAAGCUGGAUGAACUAGCUUCAAAAAGUAUCUCCCAAGAAAGGAAGUAUGAGGAAGAGAAAGAACAGAGGGAGAAACAAGUCGCUCUAUUAUUUCACAUGUUAGAUCAGGAACUGAAUGCCAAGCAGAAGCUUGAGUUGGAAACAAAGCAGCUGCAGAGCAAAUUGGAAGCAGUGAAACCUAUGCAAGGUGAAGACUCUGAAUCAAAGAAGAAAAUGGCUGAACAGAGUGAGGAGCUGCAAGACAAAUAUGACAGAGUGGAAUCAAUUGUUCGGACUUUGAUUACCAAGGAAAGACAAUCCAAUGAUGAGUUACAGCUUGCUCGGAAGGCACUGAUACGUGGCUUCCAGGAUCUUACAACUGACCGAACAUCUAUAGGCAUCAAAAAGAUGGGCAUGCUUAACCUGGAAUCACUUGAAAAAGCUUUCAACCAGAAAUUGUCAGAACCUGCUGAAUCAAGUUAUCAUGCUGCCUUAUUUUGUGAAAAAUGGGAGAAUGAGAUAAGAAAUCCAAAAUGGCACCCUUUUAAAGCUAUCAUGGUUGAUGGAAAAGAAAUGGAAAUUCUCUGUGAGGACGACGAGAAGCUCCGGGCUCUGAAAGAAGAACACGGGGAGCAGAUCUGUGACUUGGUGACAAAGGCUCUGCUCGAAAUCAACGAGCACAAUCCCAGUAGCCGCUAUCCUUUCAGCGAGCUGUGGAACUACAAGGAGGACCGGAAAGCGACCCUGGAAGAAGUCGUCGCGUACGUCCAGAACCAAUGGCGACUGGACGGGAGCAAGCUCAAGAGGAAGCGCGCCGAAGAAGAUGCUGGAAGUACUCAAGUGGAGGACAUUACACGCUGA